CCUGUUUGACGGGUUGAAACACUCUACCUUUUUUGGCUGCGUUCUCAUUCAAGGCGACCCUCCAUUCGUCGAUGAGUUCAAAUAGCACAGUAUACCUCGGUCUUGUUGACGCGCCGAUCGCGAGUGCUCGUGAGGACCACUCGUGUGGCUGGUGGACCAACAAGAUUGGCGGUGUGCCGAAUGGCGUCGACGGAUCUGCGCCUUGGCUGAGCAGCGCGUUGCUCGAGUCGACGUCGCGAUCAAGCAGCGCCCUCCAGAGCACUGCAUCGACGUCAUCUUUAUCAUCUUCAUCAUCAUCAUCAUCAUCAUCGUCGUCGUCGUCGCAGAGUGGAUUCAAGUUGACCUGCCAGAGCUGCGGAAGGACCGACCGCACCGUCCUCGUGGCGCAAGUGUACGCGCCGCUCGAUGCCGAAACCAGUCCACGAGCGUCCGAUCACGAAGCCGAGCGCGUGCUGUAUCUGUUUGCGUGCCUUGGCCAACAUGGUGCCAGUGCGAGCGGAGCUGUGCCAUGCAGCAGUUCGGCGCAGGGCUGGACUGUCAUCCGAUCCACCCGAGCGUCGUCUGCCCAACAUGCACCUGCUGCUUCAGCUUCAACGCUGCUACAGCAGUCGUCAUUCCGAAGCAGUGGUAAUGCUGCACCAACAAGCACUUCGCGGCAUGGCGCAGUAGUGCAAACGCCACCAAAAGCAAACGCCAAGCCAACGGGCACGACUCGGCCGAGCCCGCAGCCAGCUUGGGGAAGCGCGCCAGCCACACAACAACCUCGAGAGCGACAGCUGCUGGAUGAUGACGAUGACGAUGAUGGAGACGAUCUCGAAGCAUUGCUGAAUCAGCGCAACAGCCAGUUGGAGAAGAAAUCAGCCGCGCCCGCUGCCUCAUCCUUGGCUGGGUCGGUCGCUGCAGUCACUGCAUCGCUCGAGAAGGAAGCAUCGAACGCAGCGUCGGUGCAUGCUGCCACCAGUAGCCAAUCUCCAGCAGGUGCCGGGACUCCAUCGUUGGCGCCAUUCUAUGUUAAUGUUGACGAGGAGCCUGCGACCGGGGUGCACCUCACCGACCACGAGCAAGCAUUGCUGGCAGAGUACGAAAAGCGCGAGGCUCUUCCGAAGGCCGAGCAGGAUGAGCUUGGCGAAGGCGGCGCGACGGUCGACGAGGCGUACGAGUCGUCCAAGGAAAACCUCAAGCAUGGCGAUGUGACGUUUGCCAAAUUCUUCAAGCGCAUCCAACUUCAACCCCAGCAAGUGAUUCGCUACAAUAUCGGUGCCAAGCCGUUGCUCAUCACCGGUCUUGAAAAGCACUUGCCCCCUGCGACUCCGCCCGCUUGCCCGCACUGCGGAGCCGCCCGAGUCUACGAAAUGCAGCUUCUCUCGACAGUCGUCGCGCAUCUACAGCCUUCCAACUUCCGGCCGACAGCAGCAGCUGGAGAGGACGAGUGGAGCCAUCAGUCCGUCGACGCUGCAAUUGGCGCCAUGGACUGGGGCGCUGUUCUCGUCUACUCGUGCACCCGCAACUGUGCACCGACCGGCGCUCAUCGCCAUGGUUCCGUAGUGAGUGUUGUUGAAACCCUCCACGUGCAACCCGAUCCAGACGUCAUGUCCAUGUCGGUGAUGGAUCGGCUCGAGCAUGAACCAGUCACCGAAGCGCAACUUGCUGCCGCUGCUUCAGAUGUUGCCGAUGUGAACGGUGCUGCUGCGGGUUUUUAAUGAGAGUAUUCUUUGAUUCUUUGUUGUAUAUUAGCUUCGUUUUUAUGAUUACACGGUCAAACAAAACUGCAAAAAAAAAAAUCCCUUUUUCAC